AUGCCAGCAGAGAAUUUUGCUACACUGGAGGAAAGAAAAGGAGACCUUGAGGAAUAUGGUCAUGAUCUCCAUACUGUCUUCAAGAAUGGCAAGGUGACAAAAGGCUACUCAACUGAUGAACCUACAACACAGCAGUCCCCUCAGGAUGAGCAGGAGAAGCUCUUGGAUGAAGCCAUACAGGCUGUGAAGGUCCAGUCAUUCCAAAUGAAGAGAUGCCUGGACAAAAACAAGCUUAGGGAUGCUCUGAAAUAUGCUUCUAAUGUGCUUGGUGAACUCUGGACUUCUCUGUUAUCACCAAAGAGCUACUAUCAACUUUAUAUGACCAUUUCUGAUGAACUGCACUACUUGGAGGUCUGCCUGACAGAUGAGUUUGCUAAAGGAAGGAAAGUGGCAGAUCUCUGUGAACUUGUACAGUAUGCUGGAAACGUUAUCCCAAGCCUUUAUCUUUUGAUCACAGUUGGAGUUGUAUAUGUCAAGUCAUUUCCUCAGUCCAGGAAGGACAUUUUGAACGUUUUGGUAGAACUGUACCAUGGUGUGCAGCAUCCCUUGAGGGGUUCUGAUUCUUCGAAAUUACCUUCUUCAGUGUGCCAGAAAUAUCUUCCCUGA